CUUUUCUAUUAGUAAAUUAAGAUGAAUUUCAAAAGGAGAGAUUGAUAACAUUUAUUUUAUUGUUCGAUAUAACCGUAUGCAUACAUGUCAGUUCAGAUCGUUCGGCUUUCAUGAGAAAAAGUGAACAUUUAUUAAUCAAAAGUUUUAUAAUUUGAUGAUAUGUAAAAUACAUCGUAAUUGGUUAUAAAAAAAAAUUUUGAAAUGUAGCGUUAGAAGAGAUCUGAUGAUUGAUGAACUAAACAAAUUUCAAAAAAUGAUAUAAGUAAGAAAAUAUCGAUUCGAUUAGCACAUCAGCAUUAUCCAGAAUAUCGAUAGAAUCACUAUUCAUAGCUGAACCGCCAAGGAUUUCACGGAAAUUGAUUGAGUGCAAGUAUUUACAAAAAAGAAAAACAUAAUUAUUAUGUCAAAAACGAUAUAUAUUUUACUGAAAGUGUUAAUAUUAACGAAAGCGGAUAUCAUGUCAAAGCAUCCGGAUUCAGACUCCAUACAGGAUAUUCAAAACAACAACAAUUCAUCAUUAACAACGGAUCAUCCUGAUAAUGAAAGCAUUUUGAGCAAACCAACAUCUCCCAGAGCAUUUGUAGAGUUCCAUAAUAGAUUCCUAAAUGAAGAAAACAUUUCUGUGACAUUUAGAUGGAAUCAACCUGAAUUCACAAACGAAGUAAUACAAGGAUACACAGUGCAGUAUUGGUCCACCGAGAACAAAAAAAAGAUUCAAAUUUGCAUAAACAAAAAUAUCUCAACUACAAUAUUGGAGUGCACGGUGCAUAAUCUAAAACCUAACACGAUGUACUUCUUUCAAGUACAAGCGAAUACUAAAGUUAGUGCUGGCCCUUACACAAAUUUGAUUCAUGUAUCGACUACGCACGAAAAUCCAAUACCGCAAUUAUUGAUAGUAUCGGGAGAUACGAUCGAUAAAUGGGAUCUGGAUUCAAAUAUUAACAUUAAUCUCAUGAGCGAACCAUUUACGACGAUAAUGGGUGCCACUUAUUCGAUAGCGGAACAUAAAAUUUAUUGGAUCAACGUUAUGGGAGAACUAAAAAUAUUGGAUAUAAAUGAACACAAAAUUACAAAAAUAGCUAACCUUCAAGGUAUUGCGUACCAUCUCUGCAUUGACUGGGUAGCAAGAAAUCUGUACUGGAUGGAAAUAGACGAGUUAAAUUUUGGUGUCAUCAUAAAGUUCGACUUAGAAAUGUGGGAAAAUGGCAUAGUCAAAUAUAAUAAGAUUUCAAAAAUAGGUCCCUCCAUAUUUAUUGAAAAUUUAAAUGUACUACCAUCUACAGGAAAUUUAUAUUGGAUAAAUUACACUACAUAUGAUAAACUUGAUGUAAUACAAUCGGAUCUUGAUGGAAAAAACACUCGAAAGCUUCAGAAAAAUUUAUCUGUUAUAUGCCCUUUCCCACUGAAUAAUUUUACUUUACAAGCCAUAAAAAUUGACGACAUCAAUACUAAGAAGCCGCUAAUUUACUGGCUAACGCCAAAGCUCUUCUUUGUGACAGACAUUAACGUUUCUACGUGCACGUUGAUUUUACGAGACGAAGAAACCGACAUAAUAUAUUUCGGAUCUUUAAUGAUUGACAAGACAAAUAUUUACAUUUCUAACAAUACAUAUACAUGUUUUGAAAAAAAGUAUGCACUUCUCGAGAGCGUAAACGCAUUCAAAAACAUCCAAAAAAUAAAAACGUCUUCCAGGAUUGAUCAAUUGUAUGCUUUCGGUGAAUCUUUGCAACGGUAUCCUCCAAUAAGAUGUCUGACACCUGACAAAAAAAAAUACAACAUGGAAAUACUGAUGGUAACGGCGAACAGUAUCAUCAUAAAUCUUCCGGAACCGGUCUUCAAGAGUGGAUGCAAAAGAUACAACUUACCUACCAUUCUAUACACUAUCAACAUAAGCUAUUGUUUGGACAAUGAGCUUAAUAAAUUCGAUAAUUACACCAUACGGACGUGCGAGCGACUUUACGAGAUUCAGAAUUUAAAGCCGCUUACACAGUAUCAGUUACUGCUAACCCUCAGCAAUUUUUACUCUGUUCGGUUAUCGAUGGACCCGUUAUUCGGCUCGAAAGUGAUACUGAUAACUAAACCGAGCAAAGUCGAUUUAUUAGACGCACCGGAAAAUGUGACAGUUGAAGCUCUGACGCCUACUAAAGCGGCAGUUUAUUGGAUGCCGCCCAAGAAACUGAACUGCGUGCCCGUGACCUACAAAGUAUACUGGACAUCAAUUAAUUUGAUAAACAAUACACGAGAGAUAAGCAAGUUCUUACUUAUCAAUAAAACCGAACAUAAGAUAGACAGUAUGUUAAUCGAACCGUUGAUACCAGGACAGAAAUACAGGGUGUAUGUACGCUUGUAUCCAGCGAACUUCACCGAUCAUUAUAAUGACAGUUUGAACAAAACCUUGUACAUGUAUUCCGAACCAAACAACAUAAUUUUGAACGAGAUUAGCAUAAAUAGUAUGAAUAUCUCGUGGAUUCUUAGCGUUAAUUUGACAAUUAAUUACGUAUUAGAAUACAAGAAUGUUGAUAUUGAGAGACAGGAGUGGCAAAUUGCAAACAAUUCUAAGCAAAAUAAUGAGGGGGAAGUAAUGUACUAUAUAAAAAACUUACUACCAGGAACUCAAUACGAGUUUCGUUUGAUACUGAGAUACCCUAAGUACGAGAAAGACUUUAUAUGGCCGUCUGAUGGAAGAUUUACUUUUUCAACACUGAGUAGCAACAUAAGUAAGCAAAUAAAAUUUCAUAACAUUGUAUGCACCGAAUUAGCGAUUCUACAGGAGAUGCCUGACGGCCUACUCGUUCAUUUCAAUAUGUCAUACAAUCCUAUAUUGCAGUAUGAUUCGGAUGAAUAUGUAUUGAUCAGAAUCACACGUGAACAAAUCAAACUAGAACAACUUUUAGGCAGCGGCGCAUUCGGAAUGGUAUACCAAGGAAAAGUGAAGAAUUUAGGAAGAACGGGCAUAGAGAUACCCGCUGCCGUAAAAAUGCUUCGAAAAAAUGCUUCUUCGCACGAAAGAAAAAUGUUUUUAGAAGAGGCCAGACUUAUGAAGUAUUUCCGACAUAAACAUGUGCUAAGAUUGUUGGCCAUCUGCUUAGACCCGGAAAUUCCAUCAAUCGUGUUGGAAUUAAUGGAAACUGGUGAUCUGCUACAAUAUUUGAGAGAUAGUCGAAAAUUGCAACCGUCAGAUUCACAAGCUCUGCGUCUGCCAGAUUUAUUCGCCAUAUGCGAAGAUGUUGCGCGAGGCUGUCGCUAUCUCGAAGAUCUACGUUUCGUUCACAGGGAUCUCGCGUGUCGAAACUGCUUAGUAUCCGCGAGAGAUCGCGAGAACCGUAUCGUCAAAAUCGGCGAUUUUGGAUUAAGUAGAGAUAUUUACAAUAGUGACUAUUACCGCAAGAAAGGACAAGAACUGCUUCCUAUUCGCUGGAUGGCACCGGAAUCUUUAGUGGUCGGAAUAUUUACUUCCCAGAGCGACGUUUGGUCAUUCGGGGUUAUAAUUUGGGAAAUUACAUCGUUGGGUGAGCAUCCUUACACUGGCAGGACUAAUCUGGAAGUGAUAGAUUAUGUACGCACUGGAGGCAGGUUGCCGAUGCCUCUAAAUUGUCCACCGACCUUGUACGAGUUGAUGCUGCGUUGCUGGAGUUCAGCGAAUGAUAGACUGAACUUCAAACUCUGUCUCAAAAAUAUUAUAGCUCUAAGAAAUAACAUAGAAGAUAUUUUACUGAGUUCAAUGGAUAUUAUCUAGCCGAUAAAAUUUGAUUAAUUAAUGAUGAUAUAUUCCAAAUGAUUCAAUGAGAAGUUUAACGUAGGAAAAAUAAUUGUAAAUAACUAAUAUUUUACCGUUUUCAAGUUUAAUCUUAAUAUGUUAGAUUUAUCGAUAAAAAUAAAGAUAUUUUUCAAUCAUACUUUACAAAAUUUUGAUGAUUAGAAAGCACAACACUUGUUCUUGCAACUGUAAACAAUGUGAUGCUUAUGUUAAUACUUUUAAAUAAUUGAAACAAAACCUCUUUCUCUAAUGGUUCUGAUUACUAUAAUUAUCGGUAGAUUGCUACAGUAAUUUUAGAAAUAAUGUCUAUUUCAUAUUAUAUUAGCACUCCUUUUUAUAUUAUAUUAUUUCUUACAUAAAUGCCUUAAUAAAAUAUACAAUCAUAUUACAUUAAUAUA